CCAAGUUUCAACACUUCUUCGAUCCUAAUUCUUUUGGAGUUCUGUAAUAUGGUCGAUCCGGUUAGGCAGAGAAGAACGAAAAGGAACAAGUCUUUCCGACACAAAGCUUUGUUUUAAAAGCUAAUUUCUGACAACGAUGUUCCAUUUCUGGGGAUCAAAAGAGCAACAAGGGCAAUCUCGUCCUUCCGAGAUUAUGUUUCAGCAGCCAUGGUACUCGCCUUCUCUAGUCAGCUCCUCAAGUUCAUCACGGCCUCAAACAUCUGGUCAGACUCCAGCACACGUUUCGCCUGGUGAAGCAGCUGGCAUUAUUGCGCUUUUGAAAGACAAAAGUGUGGACGAGCUUAGGAAACUUCUCUCUGACAAAGAUGCGUAUCAGCAAUUUCUGCUCUCUCUUGACCAGGUCAAAAUCCAGAACAAUAUCAAAGAUGAGCUCCGCAGAGAAACAUUGCAGCUAGCUAGAGGGAACUUAGAGAAGGAGCCGCAGAUAAUGGAGCUCAGAAACCAAUGCAAAAUUAUCCGGACGACUGAGCUCGCAACUGCGCAAGAAAAGCUCAAUGAGCUGGAGAGACAAAAAGAAGAGAUCCUCAAGUUCUACUCACCUGAUUCUCUUCUUCAUAGGCUUCAAGAGGCUAUGAAUCAGGCGGAUGAAGAAUCUGAAGCCCUACAAGAGAAGUUCCUAGAGAAGGAAAUUGAUGUAGCAGCAUUUGUGCAGAAAUACAAGAAGCUGCGUACUACCUAUCAUCGACGAGCACUGAUUCAUCUUGCUGCUAAAACCUCAACCGUUGGCUGAAACUGUGAAAAGCUUUUGAACACUGAACGAAAAUCAUAACCAAAGUCAUUUUUCUGUGUGUCUCUUGUGACUAUCUGAUACUGUACAAGAAGUGAUUUUGCUGUUCAGGUUCAUACGAAAGUGAUUGACAUUAAAACCAAAAUUAUGUUUUCCUUAAUAAGAAAAAAACUACAACAAAAGUCUGAAUUCGCUGCAGUCUGAUAAAAAACGACAACACCAAUCUAGUUUCCUCUGUG